AUGGAAGAUUUUAUUUCAUCAAAGACACACGAGUUACAGCAUUUAGAAGAGAACAAUGAUGAUAAUAAUAGAGUUGAAUCAGAACCUAUUAUUGAACCUCAGCCUGUUGUUACUAAUCCAUUUGUGACAAAAUGCU